AUGAGUAUCUCACAUAACAUGGAGGCGCUUUUACGCAUAAAAUACUAGUUUCGCAUCGUCGCGUCUCUCGAAGCCUCUCCAAAGCCCUAGAAAAAAAGUUGCCGGGGUCGGUGCCUUAUUCUUGCCAAGGAAAAUGGUCGUAAUCGAGCCGGAAGCACAGGUGGAAGAGAGCAAAGAAGCUCCGGUGAGCCGGCCAGAGUCGAGAGGUCCGGAGGCUUCGGUGGCCCCAUCAGACGAAGGAGCCAGCAGCGAGGACGAAGCUUUUGAGGACGCGCUGACCGACGAGCAGUUGAAGGAGAAAGCUCUAAAUCAAGCAAACGAUGCAAAAGAAGAAGGAAAUAAACUCUUUAAGGCUGGGCAGUAUGAAAAUGCCCUAAUGCAAUAUGAGCUUGCGUUGCAAAUUGCCUCUGAAGUGCCUUCAUCUGAAGUUUGUUCCAUGUGUCAUGCAAACCGUGCUGUAUGCUUCCUGAAAUUGGAAAAAUUCAAUGACACCAUCAAGGAAUGCACAAAAGCAUUGGAGUUGAAUCCUUCAUAUCUAAAAGCAGUGUUCAGAAGAGCAGAGGCACAUGAAAAGCUUGAACACUAUGAAGAGGCUAUCGCCGAUUGGAAAAAAGUCAUGGAGUUAGAUCCUUCAAAUGAUCAAGCUAGAAAUAACAUAAGACGAUUAGAGCCUAUUGCAGCAGAAAAGCGAGAGAAGAUGAAGGAAGAGAUGAUUGGGAAGUUGAAGGAGAUGGGAAAUUCUGUUUUGGGACGUUUUGGAAUGAGUGUCGACAACUUUAAAGCUGUAAAAGAUCCAAAUACGGGUUCAUACUCCAUCCAAUUUCAGCGCUAGGCCAGAAAGUUGGAAGUUGGAAUACAGCCAAAAAAAGAAAAAAAUGUAUAUUGUUCUUAUGCUGUAAUGCAGUUUUGGUUGCUUGUUCUUGAUAUUACAGUGGACAAAUAGUCCAUAGUUGUAUCUCUUUCUGGAUGAAAUGGCUCUUUUAUGUUAAGCAGCAGUUGUGAUCAGGAUUUCCUUUAUUUCCUCUUCUGAUCAGAGGGAUUUCUUAUGAAAUGAAAUGGUGCGGAAGUUUCCCCAACCUUUUCUUUU